AAGCGGCAUUUUAAUGACAUGCUUGACAUUGCUUGUGACGAAAGUCUUACAAUGCAGAAGUUUAGGAUGAAGCUGGUUAGGGAAGAAUUUGAGCAGGUGGCCCAGAUAUCAAAGAAGUCAAAGGUGCAGGAUACAGUAAAAGCUAGCAGAAAAGAUGAGACAACUCCUUAUAGUGGCAUUUGUGAGCAAGUAGAUACUCAGAUGCAAUGCAACAUUCAAGAACAAGAUAAUGUUUAUGAACAGGAUGAUAUUCAGAAUCAAGAGGACAUUGAACUCAUUGAUGCACUGGGAAAUAAUGACUAUACAGUGGUCGACAUAAAUAUCCGGAAUUUUGAUCCGGUGCAGAAAAAGUCAC